GCUCAAGCAUGGGAAAAUAUGCUCAGUGCAUCAGUCCAGAGCCCAAACCCAAACAACCCUGCGGGAGUACUGCUCCACCAUCCCCCCUAUGCAGCAGGCCCAGGCAUCAGGUGCCCUCAGCUCCCCGCCUCCAACAGUUAUGGUGCCUGUGGGCGUCCUGAAGCAUCCAGGUACUGAAGGGUCACAGUCCAGAGAGCAAAGGCGAGUCUGGUUUGCUGAUGGUAUCCUACCUAAUGGAGAGGCUGCAGACGGAGGGAAAGCAAAUGCAGCACCUGCUGGAAACUUGUCAGUUGCAAAUGAUGCCAACAAAUCUACCCCCAGCAACUCCCCGUCUUCAGAGGCUGAGAAUAUAUCUGGAUUCUGUGGCAGCAUAACACAGGUGGGCAGUGCAAUGAACCUAUCCCAGAGGACGGUCUUCCCCCUAUUCUCAUCUCCACUGGAGUCAAAGGAGAUUAUGCAGUUGAAGAGCGUCCAUCCCAGAUGUCGGUCAUGCAGCAGCUGGAGGAUGGUGGUCCAGAUCCUUUGGUCUUCGUCCUAAAUGCAAAUCUUUUAGCAAUGGUGAAGAUUGUGAAUUAUGUGAACAGAAAGUGCUGGUGUUUCACCACGAAAGGCAUGCAUGCGGUUGGCCAGGCAGAGAUAGUCAUCCUGCUGCAGUGUUUGCCCGAUGAAAAAUGCUUGCCUAGAGACAUCUUCAGCCACUUUGUGGAGCUCUACAAGGAAGCCUUGGCAGGUACCAUGGUGGGGAAUCUGGGACACUCUUUUGUGAGCCAGAGUUUCCUGGGCAGCAAGGAACAUGGAGGAUUCUUGUAUGUGACACCCACAUACCAGUCUUUGCAAGAUUUGGUUCUCCCUGCUCAGCCCUACCUUUUUGGAAUCCUCAUCCAGAAGUGGGAGACACCAUGGGCCAAGGUUUUUUCCCAUGCGUCUUAUGCUGCGCUUGGGAGCGGAGUAUAGAUUGUAUCCAUGUCCGCUGUUCAGUGUCAGAUUCAGAAAGCCUCUGUUUGGAGAGACGGGCCACACAAUCAUCAAUGUCCUGGCUGAUUUCCGCAACUACCAGUAUACUCUGCCGGUGGUUCAAGGCUUGGUUGUGGAUAUGGAAGUCAGAAAAACCAGCAUUAAAAUUCCCAGCAAUCGAUACAAUGAGAUGAUGAAAGCCAUGAAUAAAUCUAAUGAGCACGUCCUGGCUGGAGGCACAUGCUUCAAUCAGAAGGCUGACUCUCACCUGGUGUGUGUGCAGAAUGAUGACGGCAAUUACCAGACUCAAGCCAUCAGUAUACACAAGCAACCGCGUAAAGUGACUGGUGCCAGUUUCUUUGUCUUCAGUGGAGCCCUGAAGCCUUCAUCUGGAUUCCUAGCCAAGUCCAGCAUUGUAGAAGAUGGGGUGAUGGUCCAGAUCACAGCAGAGAGCAUGGAUGCCCUGAGACUCCAAGCCUUGCGGGAGAUGAAGGAUUACACCAUAACAUGUGGGAAAGCAGAUUCUGAGGAGAACCAGGAACAUGUCUAUGUUCAGUGGGUGGAGGAUGACAAAAACUUCAACAAAGGAGUUAUCAGCCCUAUUGAUGGGAAAUCCUUGGAAUCUGUCACCAGCGUCAAAAUAUCCCACGGCUCAGAAUAUAAAGCAAAUGGGAAGAUUAUUCGCUGGACAGAGGUAUUUUUCCUGGAAAGUGAGGAGCAACAGAGCGGCCUUAGUGACCCUGCUGACCACAGCAGAUUAACAGAGAAUGUGGCCAAAGCCUUUUGUCUGGCACUGUGUCCACAUUUGAAACUCCUUAAAGAAGAUGGAAUGACGAGACUGGGACUGCGGGUCACUCUGGACUCUGAUCAGGUUGGAUACCAAGCAGGAAGCAACGGUCAACCUCUACCUGCUCGCUAUACCCAUGACUUGGACAGUGCCUUGGUGCCAGUGAUUCAUGGGGGCACAUGCCAGCUGAGUGAAGGCCCAGUAACCAUGGAACUCAUUUUUUAUAUCUUGGAGAAUAUCUCAUAG